UCGGUGCCCGUGAGAUCUCCGUUUCCGCCUAAUCCGGUGGAAGAUCCGGCGUUUCCAGCUCCGGACAGGAAGUAAGCUGCCAGAGCGCCGACGGCGAGAACCCCUAGAGCGUUGUUGGUGGAGGCGGUAGUGGUUGAGAACCAAGGCUGGAAUAUGAAAUCGUUGGUUAUUCUGGCAGUGUGCGCUGUGACACUAUGUCUUCAUAGCGUCCAGGCUUUGUCUUACGGGGGUGGAACCUGCAACUUUGGCACUAGCGGUGUUGCUGCAUGUACGUCAACGUCCGCAGGUUUCUGCUCGCUCGAUACCGUAACAGUCACUGGUAGUCCGGCUACUGCUGUAGUCUUUGCUGGAAAAUGUAUCUGUUACCCUAACUACAGUGGCACUGUCUGUGGAACCCAGACCGUGACAUCCACCACUACCUCCACCACCAACAACGCUCUCGGAGUUCUGGCCAUCGGAGCUCUGGCUGCUUAUUUUCUCUCCGGAGCUGGAAACGUAGGAACCGGAAUUGGAGCCGGCGCAGCAGCUGGUAACCCCUUCCUCAUGGGUUAAGGUCACAUGUCUCACAGCUGUAAUACAAUGUGAAUUAAUUUUAAAGGAUUCUGAAGUUUUUAUUUAAAAUCAGCCGCAGUGCAUUUUAGGGACUUUCUCUUUGUCAUAUUAUCCAUUUUAAUUUUUGCUAAAAAAAGAAGUAUGCAAAAAUCGACCCCCAUUCCCACCCUUUAUUUCACUGGCCAGAGUCAGUUUGCAUAUAAUGUUGUCACAUUCAUUUCUAAUUUAAGGUUUUGAAUUUGAACUUUUGUCACCAAAGGUAUAUUAAGAUGAUCUUAAUUUUUCUUCCCACUUUUGGUAAAGUGGAAGCAGUAUAUCCGAUGUCAGGAAUACAACCUCCAACUCCUCCAUACUAAAUGUCUCAUUGUUUAAAAUUCUUAAUAUCAAUUAUAACACGCAAGUGACCUUUGGCUUAUAUUUAAAGGGGAAAUUAGAAGUUAAAUAACACGAUAUAAAUCCAGAAGUCUAGAUUGUAAUAUGGGGACAUGAGAAAAAGUCGAAGCAUUUGGGUAAUUUCUGCAAAGAUUUGAAUUUGACCUGUUUAAAUCAAUUGAGCUACAGCGGUUCAUUUCAUUGUUUCAGUGUUGUCUGUUUUCAAUAGAUCAUGUAUCAAUGAAUGCUGUUAUUCUCAUAUUUCAUAAUGUUGAGGAGUAAUGCUAUUUUUAAAACAUUAACGUAGAUCGACGAAUGAUAGAAAAUGGUUUCAUGUUUUUGAAGAGAGGACCAUAGGCCAUAACGCAAGCAACUAUGCGACGUUCUGAAAGACAAACUGCCCGAAGAGUCGUCGAAAGUACUCGCAGGAACUGGUCGUUGGUUAUUAUGUGAUAUAUAUAUAUAUGUGUGUGUGUGUGUAUGUAUGUGUGUGUGUGUUUGUGGCCAAUAUCAACAGAGAAUAAUAACAAAAACUACAUAUAAAUACAUCUAGCACUACAACUGCACUAAUCUACAAACGUAUUUACAACGCAGACUACACGUUUUUUUGGUCUUUACUUAGGCUUGCCAAUCAAUGUUAAAAGUGGAGCGAAUUAGGACAGUACAUGCCUUAUUCGUCCAAAGAGCUGAUCCAAAAUGUACGAAGUGAUAAAAAUAGACUUAAUUAAUCUCAAGUGGAACGAGUUAACCCAAUUACGUUGACAAAUUAGAAAAAGUAAAGCUAACUCGUACCCAGAGAGAUUCUAUUUUAACUAUGCAUUAAGAAUAAAUAAUUUAUAAAAGAUAAUAAUAAGGAAAAAAUAUCGACAAAAAAUAAAUAAAUAAAAAAUAGAUAAAAAUAAACUAUGUAAAUGAAUGAACACUAUAAAAAUGAAAUAAAAAAUGAACAAAAUCUGAGAAAAAAUUAAUGUAAAUAACAAGUUUGAAUAAGUAAACAAAGUGUACCAACUCCAAACAAA